CCUUUAUUAUCGAAAAAUGUCGAGAAUUACAGGAGAUGACGAUAAUGAUCAAGCGGAAUUAGAACCGAAACCUCGACCUGAUCCAAAGGCAUCUGAACUUCCAAUCUUACCUGAAGUUGAAAUAAAGCCGUCACCACCGCCUAUCUCACUUUGUAAAUGUUUAUUGGGGAGUGAGUCGCAAGAAGAGGUUAUUGUUUCAGAGCGAAAGAAUCUAAUUUUGUCAACUGUCUCCAGAACUGAGAACUAUUUACGUGAGCGACGUAUUCCUGAGCUUUUAAGGCAUUUGGAAGCAGUGGUCAAAAGCUUUGAUCCUGGACAGCGAGGGUGGCUUUCUGCGGGACAAGUCCGCAGAGCAUUUAUUACACUGGGUCUGACUCCAGUAGACGAUUUAGACGACAGGAUUCCCACUGAUGUAGUUUUAGAAAUGUUAAAAUAUACUCAAGAGAAUGAACUAUAUGACUUAUUGAUUGCUGGAAUGGCUUUUCAAAAGCGUAUCCCAGGUUCAUCUUCAUUCACCGCUUUUUAGUUCAGUGAAAUUUUUCUUUAUUUAUAAUUUUUCUUAGCGUUUUAAAA